AUGUCUGCUCAAGAAACACCAACUAGAGGUUUAACCGGUAAAAUUUCCAACUUAGAUGUCUCCACCAUGAAAGGAAAAUCCUUAACUGAUAAAUUAGCAGCUGAUGCUAAAGCUAAAGAUGAAGCUCAAACUAUUGAACAAGUUAAACAAUCUGUUGUUUCUAAAGAAGGAGAAACUGAAGAAUCUACUGAAAAUAUGAAGAAACAUCAAGAAUUUUUGGCUAAACAUAAAGUUCACAGACACAAAUUGAAACAAUUGGAAGCUGAAGAACCAUUAUUACAAGAAAACAAACGUCGUUAUGUUAUGUUUCCAAUUAAAUAUCAUGAAAUCUGGAAUUUCUAUAAAAAAGCCGAAGCCUCCUUCUGGACUUGUGAAGAAGUUGAUUUAAGUAAAGAUUUGGAUGAUUGGAACAACAAAUUAAAUGACAAUGAAAGAUAUUUUGUUUCUAGAGUUUUAGCCUUUUUCGCUGCUUCUGAUGGUAUUGUUGGUGAAAACUUGAUUGAAAACUUUUCUGCCGAAGUCCAACUGCCAGAAGCUAAAUCAUUCUAUGGUUUCCAAAUCAUGAUGGAAAACAUUCAUUCUGAAAUGUAUUCUUUAUUAAUUGAAACUUAUGUUAAAGACCCACAAGAAGCUGAUUUCUUGUUUAAUGCCAUUGAAAACAUUCCAUGUAUUACCAAGAAAGCUGAAUGGGCCAUCAAAUGGAUUCAAGAUAAAGAUGCUUUAUAUGCUGAAAGAUUGGUUGCUUUUUGCUGCUAUUGA